UGACCAAAGCCCCACACUUACAGGCUUAUCCUGAAGUUAACUUUUUGAGUAGUGGAAAUGUGCUAAAUGUCUAAUUUAUCAUUGAAUUAUUUUGGAAAAGCCAUUAUUAGCCUUGCUUACCUUUUAGAUACAUUUGUAAAAUAGGGGAGAGGCUGAUAUAUAAUGGUAGAAAUUUUACACAUAUAUAACAAAUAACAAAAUAAGCAAAUGCACAUUUAUGUGGAGAGAUACAGGUCUGAGUCGUUUGCUGAUUUGAGUUUAAAAUUCCCAGUUUGAGCAUGCAAAUGAUAUUUAACUUGUGUUUUGUCUAGAAGCUUCAUCAGUUGCCUGUGUGCUGGGGAACUAAGAACUCAGUUUCUAGUGACACUUUUUCAGAAAAUCAGGGUGUUCCCAAACUCAAACCGCUUCAGGACCCCUGGAUGUAAAUGUUUGGGACAGAGAAGCGAGAAAUUUAAACUCUAAAGUUGGUCUAGGAAGGUGGGCAUUUUUAAGCCCUAGUUUUCUGUCCUGGGGGAAACAGUCAUUAGCUUAGAAGAAUGGGACUGGCAGGCACGUGCCCCCUCAUCACAAUCCCAUUGGGCUUCUUACUGCUAUGAGCUUUCUUGAGUGGGUAAGGGCUUGGUUCUGUGCAAGGUAAACCCCAGAAGAGCAGCGGCUCUUCUAGAUAGACAGAUCUAAACAGAUCUUAGCCUCAGUUUACAGCUGGGAGCUUAAUGCCCCGCCUUGCUCUGUGCGGAGACCCUGCCACACAGCCUUCCCGUCCGUUUGGGGCCAGGGUCUAUCCAGGGUCCUGAUCGCUACUGUGUGAGUUUGGAGUAGCCACUGCUUUUUCUCACUUGAAUUUUUGCGCGUUGGGAAGUGCGCCAACAGUUUUUCUCUCCCCUUCCUUACAGAGUUGAGGACAAGGGAGGGAAUUUAGUAAGAUCAGCACUAAAAUGGUACUACACGAUACUGGAGGAUGCCCUCCAACUAAGGAGAAGUCUUUACGGGGCCCAAAGCCUUGAUUUCUGUCUCUCAGAAUGGGCCCCCCCUUCAGGGAACCAUUUCAGGGACCGCUGGACUAGGAGGUAGUUCGGGAGCUGGUUCCCACAGCACUACUCCAAUUUGCUCUUUGGUAGCCAUAGUGCUUUUCCCUGUUUCUUGCUCUUUAGCGGGAAGUAGCAAACAUCAGUCCAGAGCCAGAAUAGCUAUUGCUGGGUAGAAUGGGCCCUUGCUAAAAGAAAAAGGAAGCUAUGAAUACUUAGCAGGCAGGUUUGCUUAGGAGGUAAAGGGAUACAUUAGGGAGCUUUGAGGGCUCAGGUCUUGCCAAGGCUUAGGUCCUAGACUGAUCUGGGUUUCUUGAUCCUUAGUCGUCUUCACCCCUUUCUUUUCCAGGAACCUUGCACAACCAUGGUAUUCAGCUGUCUCUGGGGCUGAAUGAGGGAGGGAAGACCCCUUACUUCGGGGGUUGAGGGAUAUUCAGUGGGAACGGAACCCACAGAUGGGACAGAAACACUCUUCUAAGGAUGGAGACAGCAAUCUAUGCGUGAGAAAGCCAGGAGUAAAGCUGUGAUGUCUUUCCUUGAGCCCCCUGCAGAAGGUGACAAGGAGAAUGUAGGGGCAAUGGCAGGGGUUCCCCUGGAGAUAGGCCUUAGCUUCUCCCCAACUCUUAGAACUGCAGACUGCAGGGAGGGAGUAUGAGCAUUUGCUAUAUAUGUAGGAGAAGGAAUACAGGCCCUAGAUUAUGCUUUAGAUUUAGGAAGAAAGAAAACACUUCUUUCCGAGUUUUUCUGAGACCGGAGACCCCCUUUAGCUGUCACUGUCCAAAGAUCCAUGGGUUAAUUAAUGGUUGGUAACCUAGCUGUCUACCUAAAAACCACUAAUCAUUUAAUGUUUUACUUUUUGAGAGGUAGGGGCUCUCCUAGAUACUAAGGAGUUUCUGGGAGGAGGGAUAAAAGGGGCGAGCGAACCUGCGUUAAUGAAACCCGUAAGGAACUGCGUUUCCCAGGAAAUUCCUGACAUUUUUAGCUCGUGAAUUUACUAAAUCUUGCUUGGUUUUUCCUCCGUUCUGGGUCCUUCCAGAGGGGAAAAAGAGUGGGUUAGGGGCUGAAGGCUCGGCAGGGCCUGGUUCAUCCGCAGAGCUGGCCGGCAACCCAGGCUGGGCUCAGCCUUGAGCAGGGUGCCCCCCUUCCCCAAAUCUCGGAAGGAGGAGGGGGAGGCAGGCGGGCAUUUGUGGUCCCAAAGGGGGUUCGUUGAAGGUUUUUGGGUGAGCGUGGGGUUUCUUUUUGAUUGUUGCUUGGGGGGAAGGGGAGAGCCAACGGGAACAGGCACUGCGGGCACCCCGGCCCUGGUGCGGCUGCCGUCCUCUGCUUGGCUCCCCCCCGCCGGUGAGUGCGCCCGCCCGCCUGCCCGCCCGACUGUGCGGGGCUGCGGUUGGGGGGAGGGGGGAGCGGGAUCAUCUGAGGCCAGAGUCGCUGCCGUGCGCGGGGAGGGGGAAGCGGCGGGAGCGAGGGGAGGGACAGGCUAGGUGUCUGCUGCUCCGCGCCACUGCUGCCGGCGCCCCGUCCUCAUCCCAAGCAGCCCCUUCUGCAGCUAAGGGUUACCGCCGCACCACCUCUCCUGUUCUUGCCCGCCUCUGCGGCCAGGGCUCUGCGAUCUCGCGAGAGUGGCUGACUGGCUGUGGGGGUUGCGGCGGCAGCAGGCGGAGCCGGGGAGGGAAAGCAGCGGCGGCUGAGGCGACUGAGGCGGCGGGCGGAGCGGCAGGCGGCGGCGGCGGCGGCGGCGGCGCGGCGGCGGAGCGCAGCAUCAUGGCGGACCGAGACAGCGGCAGCGAGCAGGGUGGUGCGGCGCUGGGCUCGGGCGGCUCCCUGGGGCACCCAGGCUCGGGCUCGGGCUCCGGCGGGGGCGGUGGUGGCGGCGGGGGCGGCGGCGGCAGUGGCGGCGGCGGCGGCGGGGCCCCGGGGGGGCUGCAGCACGAGACGCAGGAGCUGGCCUCCAAGCGGGUGGACAUCCAGAACAAGCGCUUCUACCUGGACGUGAAGCAGAACGCCAAGGGCCGCUUUCUGAAGAUUGCUGAGGUGGGCGCGGGCGGCAACAAGAGCCGCCUCACUCUCUCCAUGUCAGUGGCCGUGGAGUUCCGCGACUACCUGGGCGACUUCAUCGAGCACUACGCGCAGCUGGGCCCCAGCCAGCCGCCCGACCUGGCCCAGGCGCAGGACGAGCCGCGCCGGGCGCUCAAGAGCGAGUUCCUGGUGCGCGAGAACCGCAAGUACUACAUGGAUCUCAAGGAGAACCAGCGCGGCCGCUUCCUGCGCAUCCGCCAGACGGUCAACCGGGGGCCCGGCCUGGGCUCCACGCAGGGCCAGACCAUUGCGCUGCCCGCACAGGGGCUCAUCGAGUUCCGCGACGCUCUGGCCAAGCUCAUCGAUGACUACGGAGUGGAGGAGGAGCCGGCCGAGCUGCCCGAGGGCACCUCCUUGACUGUGGACAACAAGCGCUUCUUCUUCGAUGUGGGCUCUAACAAGUACGGCGUGUUUAUGCGAGUGAGCGAGGUUAAGCCCACCUACCGCAACUCCAUCACCGUGCCCUACAAGGUGUGGGCCAAGUUCGGACACACCUUCUGCAAGUACUCGGAGGAGAUGAAGAAGAUUCAAGAGAAACAGAGGGAGAAGCGAGCUGCCUGUGAGCAGCUCCACCAGCAGCAGCAGCAACAGCAGGAGGAGACCGCCGCUGCCACCCUGUUGCUGCAGGGUGAAGAAGAAGGGGAAGAAGAUUGAUCAAACUGAAUGGAAAAAACCCACACACACAUGCAUACACACACACA